AUGAGAUCUCUCGCCGUCGCGAGCGAGAGGGCGUCGGAGGCCGAGACUGGCAAUUCGUCUUUCAUCCACUAUGACCUUAGUUCGUGGUUCUCUCUUUUAACAGCUUCACUUUUAACAGUCGCCCUCAGAACGUACCUACCAUAUAAGCCCCUUCACAACGUACCAGUCUUAGCACUGCCCCACUCUCCGGGUGAUGUUGGAAAGCCGAGGAGCUAA